CCGAGCAGGACCUACUAGCCUUCGCUGCAGUGCACUUGAAAUCAGUCUUGCAGGUCGUCACGCGUCGAGCACACUGCCCCAGUUUUCCGUGCGCUAAAGCAGUCGUCGCAGUUUCGUGGUGGGAAAAAGGAGUUUAGGAGUGAGGAAGCAGGCCCAAGGAUGAUUGCUGGAUAGGGCAGGAGCGGUUGCCAUCGCGUUUUGUAACGGUUUUGAACUCUCCGGAUUGAAGUCGUCGGCUGCGAAGGGCUAAUUAUAAUUAGCAGUGCGAAUUAGUUGCUGCCGCAGUUUACGUUAGAAAAAGCCCAAGGCAACGUGCUAGACUGCCGGAUGGAAGUGGUGGUGGUAUUUCAGUGGAGGAGCUAUAAUUAGUUCUUCGCCUCUUUCAAGUUUUUCAAGUUAUAGCGUACCCUCGAGGAUUGCCGCCGCGAGAAUUUCCUGAGGAUCUGGAGUACCUCACGCGGGAAAUGAGCAACUUGUCUCCAGCUGGAACGUUGGUACUUGUGUGUCGUUCAACUAGAAAGAGUUCAAGCUGAAGGAUCAUCUUCUCUAUGUGGAUUGGAUUUGAAUAAGAUGGCUUAAAGUGUGUUAGCUUUUCGAUUCAAGUGAUUCAAAUUCAUGUGAUUUAUCAAAUGGAAAUCUACGUAAUAUAGAUGGUGAAAAGUUAACCAGUCCUCGAAGUACCAUCUGCAAAGCUCAAUCCAGUGAAAACCCAUGUGCUCGGUUUGCUGCCAGAGUGGAAAUAUUCACUGUAUUGCAUAAUUCAAUUAAAAGAGAAAGUUAAAUAUUGGUGCGCGUGUGUAAGCAUACGUUGAUUCGUGUUGAAUAAAUAAUUUAAGUGCGCAUUCCUUAGAAAUAUAAAACCAAACUGUUUGUGAAGUGUAAAUAGUGUAUAUAUGAGUGUUACCGAGAAAAGUCGAUAUUGAUACUUCGAAGAUAUUGCCAAUAAUUCAAGUUGAUGGAAAACUCAUAACAGUCGGAUUAUACGUUCCAGAACAGCACCGAGUGAGCAUAAAGAAGCAGUUCACGGGCAUUUCUAUGGAACGCAAUCAACCAAAUCCAAGCACCAAGUCCCAAAUUCUCAAGCCAUAAUCUUCAAGAAACCAAUAACUCCGCAGAAACCGCAACUUGCACACAUCAAUAAACAGUCUCGAAAUCCCAUUCGAAGCAAAAUCUGCGAUAAGAAACACUUAUCGACGAAAAGUUUCAUUAUUAAUUUUCUGGUUUUCCAACCACGUGCAGCAACAGAAACAGCAAUAACACCGCCCUUGUUCUGAAUUUCUUCGGAACAUACAUACAAGAACACUUUCUCCGAAAUAAAACAUCAACAACAACUUCGGCGGUCGUGUGGCAUGCAAUCUUCCCUGCACCCAUCCCGGUAUUCGGUGCUCCAAAACGAGCAAAACACAUAUUGAUUCGGUUUUGUGUGUACAUCAGCAUCAACAAGAUCCCCUUCAAGAUCAGCAUCCGAGUCGAUGGUAGCGGAAGCAACCGAGCCAAAUUUGCAAUUAAACCUGAUUUAGGGUCAGAGCGAUUAAAGCGGGUCGGGACUUCGGUGUUCGCAGGAUUUAAGCUCCCCUCGUUAGGAAAGCUACCGUCGUCGAGGGGGAUCAACAACCAUGAAAAGCUCGCUGGCGUAACAUGUGGAUAUCACACCGUGCAUAAGGCCGCUUUGAAAAUCCUCGACAGCAGCAAAAUCUCCCACAAGUGGCAAACGGAAGCAGCGCAGGCAGCCCAGGCGCAAGAGUGAAUCUCCAUUUGUCUGAUUAAAACCGGUGUUCCAUCAUCCCGUUUUUUGGCGGAAGUGGGCAGAGAGACGGUGCGGUGGUGCAUCAUUAGGUGUCGUGUCCCAGAUGGUGUAGGGAAUCAUUCUGGACGAGUGGAAACCGGUUGAUCAUCCCGGCUGCCGCCCGCGUGUACAGGUGAAUUAGGGCAACGGAAGAUAGUAAUAAGAGAAGAAACGCUUUUCGUGGAAUUGAAGGCGGGUUGAACAAGGAAGAUCUUUGGCGUCGUCGUCGGUUGGGGCUUGUGAGGACGAGCGUAAGUGAAUGUGAUUGAGUGAAAAGUGGAGAAUUAAAUUGGUGGUGAAAUUUAUUGGAUUAUGUUGGCGGAUUAAAUCAAGGGCGGGAUGCAACGAGUGAAAAACAAUGGAGGAUUGAAUCAGGUUGUAGAAGGUUGAAGAAAUGGGAUACAAAAAUUAGGGAAUCGAUCGGGAGACAGCCGUAAGGAUAGGGAUAUAGCAGCAAAAAUAAAGAUUUCUUCGUGCUCACCGUAAAGUUGUCAUCAUUGUUCCUGCACUAGUAGCUAGUACAGCUUUCGGGAACAAGUCUUCAAAGUUCAUACAAAUUUGAGAAAAAAAGGAAAACAACGCCAAGAAACGGAAUAAACUCCUGCCAGUUAACUUCUCGUAAUUCUCGCAACUCAAAACGCACUAACAAUGGCUGCCACAAUGCGAUCCGGAGGUUUGCAUCACGCUUCUUCGCUCGGAAACAUAGAAGCUUCCUCAUCACAGUCGAACACAAAUCUAGCCGCCAGGAGCUACGAUUCUGAAGAUGAAAAUAUGGGUAGGAAAAAAGGACGCCCUUUCGACACCGGACCCGGCUCGAGAGCUCCUGUCUACUCAAAGGGAGAUAUCCGCGAACAGUACUGCUUGACAGACAGACAGCUCAACUCGAUAGAACAGCCACGAAGGGAACGCUUUUUCGGCUGCUGGUCCGGACGGAAUGCCCAUCAAUCCUUCCUGGGGGUGUGCGUGGGGCGGAGAGCACCAUCCGAUGAGAAUCUAGCAGAUUACGCCCCAAUGCAACGGUAUCCGAGAUACAUUAAUCCGGGACCAAUAACAAAAUCCAUCCUGCAGCAGUACGAUGAUGAGCUGGAUAAUCCAUACUUUCGGCGAAAACCGACAUCGUUUCUGGCUGGAAGCGGCGGUGGAACGGGUGCAGGGCCAGGAGGUGCGAUGGUCACCGGAAGCAGCGCUACUCUGCCAGCGGGAGAUGUUCGACGGUGCACCUGGAUGCCAAUGGACGACGACGCCGUACGGAUAGAGGGGCCAAGACUGUACCGAUGUCCAGCGCAUACGGAACUUCCACCGCCUCCACCACCACCAAACGUUGGCCUUAUCGAUGGCAUUGCAGGUGGACCACCAAGGACCAAGCACGUCAGCUUCGCCCGCUCGUACACCCUGACGUCCUUCGACGAAGCCAUGGGUGGUCGACCGCUGUCCCGUCUAGCCGCAGCUAGAAGCCAAGAAAGACUGAUAGGUGGCAAAAAACCGACCAUCACCCUAGCCCAGCACCAGCCUUCUGCAGCCCAGUAUGGAACGCCUCUGCACUCGAUACUCCAGCAACCGAACCAACAGCCACUCCUUGCCCAGCAACUGCAACAACAGCACCAACAAUUGCAGGUCGGUCAGCAACAACCACCGUCUGUCCAUCAGCACAUUCACGCGCACCAGCACAUGCAGCACCUUCAGCCUCCCCAUCCCGGACAACUCAUUAGUCAACACCCACACCAGCAUCAACAUCACAUAGCAGUAAUGCAACAGCAGCAACACCAACCCCCUCCUGGAAGUGGCGGGCUGCUGACAACAAGCUCAACACCAUCAGCCAUUCAACAGCAGCAGCAGCAAUUACAGCAACAAAUGCAGCAGCAACAACAGCAGGAGGUCGUAGUGAUAGAGAAAAUCAAACGAAGUGCCAUGAAAACUCAAGCAACGCAAACCGAGGUGUAUUUGAACAAGAAAGCUGCUGCGCCACAUCAUCUGUCGCUGAGUCCGAGGACGAUCCAUAGGGUAAAAAUGGUAUCGCAAGGAGCGCAAACCAACGGAGGACUAAACGGCAGGAAGCUGACGAAAAGCCUCUCGGAAGCUGCCGAUCGGAUACAGGAGAAUGGUAUCGAUAUCGGCGUCGAGUCGGAGGAACUGAAAACUUCCAUCGAGCAUGAGCAGCUUCAUCGUACACAGUCCGAAGAGCCGCCCAAAUCACCCUUCACCAUCACUUCACCGCCAUCAAAAUCACCGCUCAUGCAACAUUUUGAAAUGCCUUCACGAACAUCGUCCCAGAUGAGUCACUCCGAGACGUCCCGAAGCGACAACUAUCCGUUGGAUAAGAUCAUGACUCAUUCGAGGAAUCACUCCCAGGACAGUGCCACUUCAUACCGAUCGACUGAUGGAUCUCGGGCAUCGUACGAGACUAGUUCCUACCCGUAUGAAAUGUAUGAUAGCAUCGUUAUCCCUAGACAGGGAAGUCACACGUUGUCGAACGAACCGUUUCAAAUUCUACGGAGGGACAUCGAACAGGUUCAUCACCAUGGUCAAGAAAACGGAUACGUGUUCGAAACCCAUAGCCUUCCGAGGAGAACUUGCAUCCAUCACAAACCGGAAGAAUUUCACACCCACACGUUGCCACGACGUGACUAUCAUCCACAUCAUCAUCAUGAGAUCAUCUUCAAAGAUCAACUUAAAAUGCCUCCUCAAGAGUUGCUCAUCUCGAACGGUAGUGUUAAUCAAGAUAUUCGUUCUUUCGACAGCAACAGUCUCAAUAGACGAAUGUCCUCCCAUCACGUAGCCAUGCAGCAAGACAAACAGAACCAACAGCGGCGAGCUUCCUACGCUUAUGUCACUCCGGAUACUCACACCUUGACCCGCCGAAACUCCAUCUCCCAUCAGCAAGUGCAAAAAGUUCAACCCAUGAUCCAAACCCCGAUUCAACAACAGCAUCAACCUCAACCUCAAAUACAGAAGCAACCUCAACAACCUCCCCUACAACAUCCACCUCAGCAACAACAAUUUCAACCACUAGUUAAACCCCAACCUCCCAUCUUCUCGCAACCAUCGCUCCCUCCACCCUCGUGUCCCAUCACUCCACCCAACAUCCAACCGCUGGACAUGCAGGACGACACUAAAUCCUCAUCUGACGAAAGUUGUUCCACCUGUGAAUCCGAGAGCGAAAAAGAUGACAAAGAAGAACAGGAAAUUUUCAUUGACUUCAAACCUCGCGUCUCACCUGUUCCAUCGCCCAACGCCGUCAAGAAAAAGAAACUCCAGAAAACACUUUCCGAAGGGGAAAUCCUCGUUGAUCGAAAAAAGACCAAGCCAACCGCCCAACCGCCCACCAGUGUCAUCUCGGCCAGUGAGGAAGAUCUGAAAUCUCCCAUCGUCGAUCCGCACAAGGAUGCAAAUUUGCAGUUUAGCGAAACGCCCAUCAAAGAUGAAGGCAUAUUUAUCGGUGCCCCGUCACCUGCCGAUGCAAACCGGCGGAAGGAAUCGUUUAGGAAGCGGUCCGUUAGCUUGGACGAUCCAACCAGCAUGGAGGAGCAGGACGAGGAGAAGGGUUUACUCGAAGAACUGGAAGCGGACACCAAGGAUGAUAAAAUGGCAACGGCACCACCGUCGCCAUCCCGGGAGGAAAGACUUUCCAUCAAAUCCCAUUCGCCGUUCCACUCGUCGGAAUCGCUUGCCACCAGGGACAACUCCGACGGCAUCUGGAACGAAUCGCAGGCAACAAUCAUGACGCCGAGUUUGACUGAGAAUGGCAAGCUUACGCCUACAUCGAAGCGGAAACACCUUCUGCUACAGCACCAGCAGCGCAGCUCGAUGGAUACGGACGCACUCGACAUGGAGGAUAUUGCUGAUCAGCCUCUGCCUCCCCUUCCGGUGACGGUUACGGCCACAUCACAGAGCACCGUUUCCCCCACAACCAUACAGUCCGUGGCACCUCUACCGUCAACUGCAACAAACGGAACGAUUCCAUCUCCAUCAACGGCGGCAACUGUUUCGGUGACAACCGGUAUUGUGAAACCAACGCCAUCUAUCGCUGUGAUUCCUUCGCUCAGCAUCGAACGCGAGGAGCGAGAUCUGCUGCUACAGAAGCAGAUGCACAAAACUGCGACCCUUCGGCGCCCUUCGAGACCACUGUCACCAUCGAAACGACGCGGCAGCGAACAGCAUCAGAAGCAACUUUCCAAAAUCGAACCGCUCAUUCAUCGCUCCCCAGAUAACAACGAACGUAUAGUACCAUCAAACCUGAAAGACCAAUCGCCCAUCAGUGCACCUUCAACACCACACCAAACCCAUCCACCAGAGUUCUUCAAGCAAUCUGCUAAUGCUCCAACAGUUCCCUCCUCAUCUCGCCAUCCCCCCGCAACGGCCAUAGCUCCAUCGCCUCGCUUCGAGCACGCCAAGCUUAAAGGAUUGGAUGACAAGGACCUACUUGGCGACGGUGGUGCCGGCUCGGAAGGAAGCACCACCGAAGACUACAACACCUGCACCGAUAACUCGAAGCGCACCAUCACUGCAACGUCUACCGUCGGCGGAAGCAAAGGUAUAUUUAAAACCACCCACACGAUUAGACAACCAACAAGCAAACAAGUGACAGCCAACGCCACCCAGGAAGGCUCAUCCUUUGAGAGCGCAUCCUCCUUGUACAGUCUCGCUCGAGUCGAUGCCAUUUGCGAGGAUACACCUCCAAUCGAGGAGAGACCAUCGGCCCCUCAAAUUCCACCCCUCCCGAAACCGUCACCAACUCACUCGGUUAGUAGCAGCUCCAGCGGAAGCUACAAAAUGGCAAACAAGAAGCGCACAAGUUCUCCAUCACGACAAACCAUCCCGAAAACACUGCCAGCAAAAACGAAAAUCAAACCGGAGUCAAUAUCCGAUGACGAGAGAAGCGAGAAACGCUAUUCUUCCUCACACGACGAAAAGGACAUCAAAGGAACUGUUGCCAGACCCACUCGAAGAGGUCGCGAUUGGAACGAAGAGGAGCGGCGUAGGAAAAAGAGUUUGUUCAAGUUGGAGUUCGACAAAGAUUCGCUCAAGACCUAUACGACUCCGAUGAGGCAACCAAGUCCUGGUUUCAAGAAAUUGUCCCCAGAAGACAAAGGGGCCCUGAACACCCUGGAUGGUACCAGUCCAAGCAGCAAACAGAAACGCUUCCGGCCUAAGACUAGAAAAUUACCACGAUCCAGAACUUCUGUUGGUGGCGGUGAAGAAUCCGUUAGUACACCAAUGCGACGAGUUAAAACUCCCCUGAUUCGUAGUCCCGAAAAGAUGCAAGCCUCUACUUUACCAGUGCACACAGUGACAACGCCAAAACUUAGUCCCUCUCAGUAUUAUUCUCAAAUACGUAGUCCUCCGUCCGGUAGUUCUCCCUUGAAGCAGAAAAUUUCCCCAGAAAAACGACUUAAAGCAAAAUCCACUGAGUCGUUGCGAUCGGUGUCUCCGGGAUCGGAUUCCGUAUUCUACAGUGAAGCAGAUGGCUUGUCUCAAUCCGAUAAGCAAAUUCAUUGCCAUCACUGCGGUAAGGACGUCGAGGUUGUUAGUGUUCCCGGUGAAUCGGAAGGAUCCAUGACGGCACUAACGUUAGAUUCGACGGACGGCGAUCGACCGGAUAUAGUGCAGCCCCCGGAGGGGUUCGCUGAUUCUCCCGAUUGUACGAAAACUCCCCACCACACACGACUGUAUAAGAAGAUGGACAAGCGAUUUCGUUCCGAAGAUCGACACGCCGAUCGUAGGCACUUUAAAUCGCGGCAGGAGUAUCGAGCGAAGAGUGAGGAACGCGGGAAAGACGACAGCGAACAGGGUACCUUACGACCCGCAGGAUCUUCACCUUGUGUCGCGCCUGUAGCUCCGUACAGCGACCAUCAGGUUGAACCGGAGCAAGGUGUCUAUCAUGGUAACUACAAAGCCGGAUUGUGGAUCUGCAUUGCUGACCGAGAUGUAUGGCGACGACAUGAUCUCCUUGGCGAAGGUAGCUUUGAUCGACCUCCUCGGGAUCUUGCCGAACGAAGAGGGUCAACCGAAUCCGAGAAGGACUUCCGUAAAAAGUAUCAAGCAAUCACUCAUAGACUGGUCCACCGGAAAUCAUGCGUAGAGAUGUAUCGCCGGCAGAAUACGAAUAGCUUUGAAACGGACAAAACGGUUGUGGUAUGCAGAAAAUCAGGUGAGUUUGGUUUCCGCAUACAUGGUUCCAAGCCAGUGGUAGUUUCUGCCAUCGAGCCGGAUACUCCAGCGGAAAGUUCGGGCCUCGAAGUGGGAGACAUCGUGCUGUCGGUGAAUGGGAUUUCAGUGAUCGACAAGAGCCACUCAGAAGUGGUCAAAAUCGCUCACGCUGGUAGUGAUACUUUGGAGUUGGAGGUUGCAAGAACGAUCGGUGUGUUGUCUCCGCUAGAGGAUACUACAAUCAAUCCAGCGAUCUACUCGGGUUUUCUGUGGCGACUGUCCAGUAGUUCUACUACUAAAUGGGUUCGACGGUGGUUUUCGCUUCGCCCUGACCACUGUCUAUAUUUCUACAAAUCAGAGUUGGAUAUCCAACCCAUCGGUGCCAUCAUACUGACCAACCACAAAGUGGAACGACUUGGGGUGGAAGCGGGUGGUCGACCUUUUGCAUUUGCCAUCGAAACUGAAGAGGGCACCAAGGUGAAGCUAGCCGGGGAUACGGAUGAAGCUGCGAGUCGAUGGAUAGCCAUAAUCAGCCAUGCGGCUCAACAGAAUGAUCUUUGGUUGGAUACAAGUGCUCGUAAUCUAAGACUGCCACCGAACGGAAUUCCAAAGCCAGAUUGUGUCGGUCCUCUGACGAAACUAGGAAGCAAGUGGCGAUCAUGGACCAAGCGGUAUUGUGUGCUGAAAGAUGCUGUUCUCUACUUCUAUCACGAGAGCACCAGCAAGAAUGCUUUCGGAAUGGCAUGCUUGCAAGGAUAUCGAGUUCAACCAUCCUCUGCUGGUGGCAAAAAGUACGCUUUUGAGAUUGUUCCUCCAGAGUUGACGUUGCGUCACUAUUACUUCCAUACUGACACAGAAAUGGACAAGAAACGCUGGGUUGCCGCCCUGGAAUACUCGAUAGACCGGUGGAUGAAGGCUGGCUGAAACACACU